AUGAGUUCCAUCGAAUCUCAGCAAUACCUCAAGGCCAUCCUCCGGGACAAGACAGACAACAGCAAGAACAACAGCAGCACGAUGUCUGGCUCCUUCUACGAAUCAGCUUUUGUGAUCCCUCACAUGCAGGCUUCUGCCAUGCCUCGUAGGCCUCGCCAGCCUGCACCGGCACCGCGAGCAACUGUCGGCGCCAUGUCCUCAGAGUCAACGCUCGUCGACAAGGACGGCGUUCCUGUGAUGUCUAAGGAGAAGAACGAAGCCAACGGUGACAUCUCUGGUUCAUCAUCGUCGAGCAAGAAUCUACUCAAGCGUCUUUUGAAGAAAGCUUGA